AUGAGAGAUGUUCAGGAUACCCACACUCUCCAGGAUACUCGUUCAGGCGAGCCUGGGUCAACAGUCACCUCGUUAUCUGGCAUGCUGAAGCAGUUCGCGGGCUCGUGGCAGCACCAGCCUGAUCUACAGCCGAUUCCACAGGAUCAACAGGACCAACACGACGGACAAGAUUAUCAACAAGGCAAAGAAAAAAGACGACGAGCUAGAUGUUGCGGAUGCGGGCUCUUCGGGAUCACCUUGACCCUCCUGGUCGUCACUCUUCUCGCCAUCCUCUCCCUCUGUAUAUGCAUCUCCGCUGGCGCCUUCAACCACCAGGCAUCUUCGCCCUCAUCUACUUCUACUUCUACAUCUCCUUCGACCAGCGUCAAGGUCACCGUUCAGCCGCCCACCUCGCUACCGAGUAUCACUACCGGGCCCAGUUCAACUCCAACUUCCAGCUCAACAGAGGAGCCUAAAGAGAAGCUCUCUGGCCUGGUUCCUUAUCUCACCUUCCUCGGAACUCCUACCACGACGCAGUCAUAG